UCCGGAAAUCGGGCAGUGACAACCUGUCUGUUCUGGUUGCUUGAGGGGCGCUGUUUUUUCCUCUGGACUAGAUUGAGAAGAAGAUACUGAGGAGAUGCUUCACAAACACCACUGUAAAUAAAUACAACCAUGGAGAACCAGUCCACAGUGCAGUUGAAUCUGGAGUUGGGCCACAGAGCUCAGCUAAAGGAGAAAGAAACAUCAGAAAGCUUCACCCACGACUGGACGAUUUUCGUCCGAGGGCCGGAGACUGGCGAAAUCCAGCAGUUGGUAGAGAAAGUUGUUUUCCAUCUGAAUGACAGCUACCCCAAACCCAAGAGAGUAUGUAAGGAGCCGCCAUACAAAGUGGAUGAGUCAGGUUCCGCAGGUUUCCUCAUGCAUGUUGAGCUUUACUUCAAGAACAAGGUUCAACCAAAAAAGAUGUGUUUCAAAUAUGACCUAUUCCUUAACCCAGAGGGCAAACCUGUUGACCACCUGCGCUGUGAGACACUCACCUUCAACAACCCCACCAAAGAAUUCAGGAGAAAGCUGAUCAAAGCAGCAGGGGUAAAGGUGGUUCCAGAGGGGGCUGGAGCUGUUUCAAGACCAAGUCCAGACUGCCCGACGCCCCCAACAAAAAAGAUCAAGAUCUUUCAUGUGUCAGAGGAUCAGAGUAAAGAAGUAAGCGGUGACAGAAGCGAGUCCACACUACCUGACCAAGGAGCACUGUGAACAAUCCCAAAAAGACUGACGCAGUCAAACCCCCAUUCAUGACACACUCACCUUUGGUGGCCUCUGGUGAAAUGAUGGGCCUCUUUUGCUUCGUGCAGAUCUGAUUGUGAUCUGACUGUCUGCUGAUUGUGUUCUUGUCUAAUGAAUGUUUGUUGUUCUCAGGUCUCUCUUAGAAAAGAGAUCUUAAUCUGAAUGAGACUGCCUGAUUAAAUGAAGACUAAAUAAAGAAUAAGUUGAAUGUUGA